CAGGGCUCGCGUGGGUAUCAUGAGAAUCACGAAAACGUCCGCUGAUGGAACGGGCGACUCAAACGCCGACUGGAUGGGUGCGCUUAGCCCCACGCUUACCUCAAUGCCCCUAAAGUAUCUAGCGGUGCCAGGGUCGCAUGACUCUUUCACCUUCUGGGUGGAUGUAAAGGCCCCCGUGGGGCCCGAUCAAAUGGCGGUGGUAAAGUACCUGGCAAUGGUGUUCCGGUUGCCAGCUAAGAAGAUGAUGAAGAAGUGGUCCAUGACACAGAACCUGACGUUCUGUGAGCAGCUGGAGGGUGGCAUCCGCUACUUCGACCUGAGGGUGUCGUCCAAGCCGGGAGAGAAGGGCCUUGAGAUCUAUUUCAUCCAUGGUCUGUUUGGUCACCGGGUGCGGGAAGGGCUGGCCGAUAUCAACCGCUUCCUGGAUGGCCACCCUAAGGAAGUGGUUUUCUUAGACUUCAAUCACCACUAUGCAAUGGGGCGUGAGCACCACUGCUAUUUGAUUGGUAUGCUGCAGGAGGUGUUUGGGCACAAACUGUGUCCUCCUCAGGUGGUGGAGGACAUCACUCUCAACUUCCUGUGGGAGAAGAAGUACCAGGUCCUGGUGUUCUACCACCACCCCUCAGCUAUGGAGGAGUCCACACUCCUGUGGCCUGGCAGUAAGAUUCCAGCCCCUUGGGCCAACACUACAAAUGCUUCCAAGCUGAUUAAAUUCCUGGAGACCACGUUGGGGGAGCGGGCCAAGUAUGGAACCUUCCACGUCUCUCAGGCCAUCCUCACCCCUCGAGUGCGUACCAUAGCCCGUGGACUCAUCAAGGGCCUACGUAACCACCUGGUGGAGAGGAAUCUGCCCACUAUCAUGGCCUGGGUGGAGGCACAGAAGCCAGGGGUCAAUGGGGUCAACAUCAUCACAUCUGAUUUUGUGGACCUGGUGGACUUCGCCAACAAGGUCAUUGGGAUCAAUGACCUACUUCUUCCUCGUCAUGCAGUCACCUGA